GUUUGUUAAAUGUUAAUUGUUUUAAUUUUUAAAUUUUUGAGUGCUCCAUAUUAUAUUUGAUUUUAAGUUAAAAUUAUUUGCUUUUCGUGUUAGCUAUUAGUUUUAUUAAAUGUUCUCCUUAUGUAGUCGAUUUAACACCAAAAUCUGCUGAUUAAAUCUAUAAUAAAUAAUAAAACUAUGUAUAAUAACCACAUUUUAUAAUAUUUGUAUUCUUUAAAAUUAUUAUUUUACAAAUUAAUUGGUAAUUGGUUAAUUCAAAUGACAAAUAUCAUGUAAACUAUUAUACUAUAUUAUAGUAAACUCUUAUCAUGGAGUUUACGAAGAAACAUUAUUCUUAAGUUGUACUAUAGGUUUAUUAAAAGAAAGUUUCAAUGAACUACAGAAAAAUAAAUUCCUGACAAAUACCAUAUACAUAAAGAUAGUAGCUGUAUGAGUGGCAUCAAGGACGAGGUAGUUACAACCAUUAUGUAUGAUCCGGGCAUUCGGCAAGAACAAAACCCAGUAACGGGUCAACUAUAUGCCACUAUUGUUAAAAAAGAUGAUAAAGCAUCUUCUGUUGACUUCCCAUUCUACAAUGUAAACAUGGUACAGAAAGUUCCUGUAUCUGGUAAUAUAGCUGUUCUUGCUGCAGCUUCAGCAAAUGGAGUGACUCAAACUGAUAAGACCUCUUACCGUUUUGAUGUAACAGCGCCCUUCAAUUAUAACUAUGCAUUAGUAAAUCAAAUGUCUCUCACGACGGCUGGUGCAGCUUUUAAAUGUGAUGUUUGCGGUGCUGGAUUUACACACGCAUCAAUGUUAGACCAUCAUAAAAAAUCUGCUCAUCCCCAAGAACCACCAUCAUUUACUUGUUCGACGUGUGGUUCUUGUUUCCCUCAAGUAAGAGAUAUGAAAGUCCAUCGAUCAACUGUACACAAACAAUGUUUUUCGUGUGGUGCUGAUGUUGCUCCACAAACAGUUAAGGGUAAAAAGUCUAGAUUUAUAAAAUGUGUAAGUUGUAGUGGUGGUAAUUGUUCUAACUACACUCCUCAAGAAAAUGAAAUAGAAUCUAGUGACAAUUUAUCACCUGAGCAGACUGCAAUAAUGAAAGGUUAUUAUCCAGUGAAAAAAAGAGGUAUGGCUACUGUCACCAAAUGUUAUAAAUGUAAUGGUUCUGGUAUUAUUUUUUUAGUUAAUGGUAACCAUACUAAUGUCAAUAUGAAAAAUGAUUCAAUUAACAAUUCAAAUACUCCCAAUAAGCCUUUUCAUUGUAACAUAUGUGGGGGAAGUUUUUCACGAUACUCAUCAUUGUGGAGUCAUAAACGUCUGCAUACAGGUGAUAAACCUUAUAAGUGUGAAAUAUGUGGUUUAUCAUUUGCAAAAGCAGCUUAUUUAAAAAAUCACGGUCGAGUACAUACAGGUGAAAAACCAUUUAAAUGUGGUGUUUGUGGAAUGCAAUUUUCUCAAUCUCCACAUCUCAAAAAUCAUGAAAGAAUACACAGUGGUGAACGACCUUAUCAAUGUGAAGUUUGUGAUAAAACAUUUGCUCGCCAUUCUACAUUAUGGAAUCAUCGACGUAUUCAUACAGGAGAAAAGCCUUACCGUUGUGAUAUAUGUGGUUCAGCUUUUAAUCAAGCCACACAUUUAAAAAACCAUGCUAAAGUACACACAGGAGAAAAGCCUCACCGUUGUGAUAUUUGUGGAGUUGGUUUUAGUGAUCGGUUUGCAUUAAAACGACACAGAAAUAUACAUGAGAAGUAUGCUAGACAACAGAGUGAUGCAGCUGCGGCACAUACUGUUACACCCCCAUCACAAGAAUUGGAACCAAUCAGUGGUCAAACUCAAAUUGAAGAAUGUAUAUAUAGUGCUGACUAUACUGUGGAAAAGUAUGAUGCAGCAAAUAAUAUUCCUACUGAUAUUGUGGAGGUAAAAGUUGAUCAGCAGAAUCAACGUGAACAUGAUACACAACAGCAACAAAUUGAGGAUUGUAUUUAUAAAUAAUGAUUUAAGACAAAU